UGUGGAGUAGGGGAGUGUAGGAGAUCUACCUGCGUAUCUAGCUCUCUACCCACCUAUCUAACUGGCCUCUGACUGUUCUGGCCCACUGAGUAGCAGACAGCCAAAGAGAGCAAGUGGAGUGUUGUGGUGGUGGAGGUGGGCAACUUGGGGGGCAACAGAACAGAGGGCAAGAUGAUGAUGAAGAGGAGGCUGACAAAAGUUGGGGUACUGCUUCUUUUGGUCACCAUUUUGGUGUGCAUAAGUUCAUCAGUGGCAGAGUGGGUGAUUCCACCGGCAAGGCUAGAAGAAAAUGUUGACUACACGAAGAAAGACUUCAUUGCCAAGAUCCGCUCAGACCUGGACGAGAAAAAACCAGUGAAAUACAGCCUGUCUGGACCUGGAGCUGAUCAGCCUCCUGUCAAUCUCUUCAUCAUUGACCCAGACACCGGCUUUCUGAAGGUCACUGGAAUACUGGACAGAGAACACAUUCCUUAUUACAACCUGACUGGAAAGGCCUGGUUCAUUGAUGGCACAGAAGCAGAACAGAAAAUUGAGAUAACAGUGUUUGUCACCGAUCAGAAUGACAACCCCCCAAAGUUUGAGAUACACAAAGGCAGAGCCAGAGAAUGCAGCACCGUUGGGACGUUCAUAAUGAAUGUGACUGCCUUUGAUGAUGACCAGCCGGGCACGAUUAACUCAAAGAUUGCCUACAGCAUUAUCAAGCAGACACCUGAGGGUCACGGAAUGAUGUUCGAAAUCGACAGAGACACAGGCCAGCUGUCUGUGAAACAGAUGACCCUCGAUCGGGAGACCCAUGAUUUCUACGAGCUGGUCAUCCAAGGAGUGGACAUGGGCGGGGACCCAAAAGGAAACACUGCUACUGGCUCAGUGCAGAUCUCCGUAUGGGACAUUAAUGACAACGUCCCCACCUUGGAAAAAGAGGAGUACUCUGGUGCUGUGGAUGAAGGAGCAGAGGGAGUGGUGGUGAUGAGGAUCAAAGCUCUGGAUGCAGAUUUAGUGGACACAGAUAACUGGCUGGCUGUAUUCAACAUCGUUGAAGGGAAUGAGGAAGGUCUUUUUGAGAUAACAACAGAUCCCAAGACCAAUGAGGGUAUCCUAAAGCUGGUGAAGCCCCUGGACUAUGAGAAAAUCAAAAAGCUGGACCUGGGCUUGGAGAUAGAGAACGUCGCGCCAUUCAUCAAUGGCACUGCCUUGGCUCUAGGAAUAGAUAAUGGACCAGAGCUGGACUUGGGCUUAGGUGCCGGAGGUGGUGCUGGUGCUGGUGCUGGUGCUGGUGCUGGUGCUGGUGCCGGUGCUGGUGCCGGGGCUGGGGCUGGGGCCGGGGCCGGGGCUGGUCUGCAUGUGGAUGCUGGUCUGGGUGUGGAUGCUGGUCUGGGUGUGGAUGCUGGUUUAGGUCUGGAUGCUGGUUUAGGUCUGGAUGCUGGUUUGGGUCUGGAUGCUGGUUUGGGUCUGGAUGCUGGUCUGGGUGUAGACGCAGACUUGGGUGUAGACGCAGAUCUGGGUGUAGACGCAGACCUGGGUGCAGAUUUAGAAGGAGACCUGGAUGCUGAGCUUGGUAUGGAUGGCAAACCUGUCACUCCUGGCAUUAAACCAGGCACAAAGCCAAGACCCAAGCCGAGACCUAAGCCAAAACAGAAACCUAAGCCAAAAAAACGGCCCAAAAAGCCGGGGAAAAGCUACCCUGUUUCUAUCGCGGUGAACAACUUACCAGACGGGCCCAGCUUUGUUCCUGAGGUAAAAGAUGUGCCCUUGUCAGAAAACCCGGAGGACAUCGAACUUAACUCAGUAGUAGCUGUGUACCCAGCGGUCGAUGGGGAUACCGGAGAAGAGCUGGAUGAUGUCAAGUAUGCUAAAGGUCAUGACCCUGAUAACUGGCUAUCCAUUGAUGAAGACACCGCUGAGAUCAGAAUCAACAAGGUGCCGGAUCGAGAGUCCCCCUUUUUAGAGAAUGGCACAUACUUCGCUAAGAUCCUUUGUCUAGCUCAAGACGGAUCAGGCAAGACAGCCACUGGAACCAUUGCCAUAAGAGUGCAGGACUCAAAUGACCACUGCCCAAGGCUGACAGGCACAUACCAGAGCAUGUGCGAGGAGACCGUCACAGUUGUGUACGUGUCCGCCUUUGAUGAGGAUUCCGGUGCCAAUGCAGCGCCAUUGCAGUUUUCCAUAAUUCCAGAGGAGACCACUGGUCCAUGGGAAGUAGACACCGUCAAUGGCACAACCGUGGGCCUACUGCCCCUGGAGCCCCUGUGGCCAGGGAGAUAUCGGAUCACCAUGCAGGUGUUUGACGCCCAGGGCCUCUCCUGCCCUGAGAAGCAGGUUCUGGAGCUGGAGCUAUGUGUCUUGACCGGCCGCAAUGGAUCCAUGACAGGAAUCAUGUACUCACACUCCUCCUCCCGUUUCAAUCUCGGGAUAGGCCUACCCGCCAUUAGUCUGAUGCUUUCAGGAGUGUGCGUCUUACUGAUGGUUCCUCUUCUGCUGCUAUCUUGUCAGUGUGGAUCUGAUUCCGUCUUCCCUGAUCGUUUCAUGGAUAUGCCUUUCGAUGCCAAGCAGUACCUGAUUCCAUACCACACAGAGGAAAAGGGAGAAGAGAAGGGGUUUCCCACCCACCUACUUCCUAUACUGAUAUCAGAGGCAGCACCUGUGACCCUAACGUCUGCCGCACCUACGACCAAUCAUAUAACCAGCGGUGAAACAUCCUGUAGCCAAUCACAGCAUGUGAGCAAUACGUUUGAGGCAACGCAUCAGGAUUUAUAUAUGGACAGCAGCGUGGUAGAUCACGUGGUAGAUCCUGUAGUAGAUCCUGUUAUGCCUACGCUAGGACAGGCUAGCAUGGUUGGUACCGCUAACCCUAACAGAAAGAGGCCAUCGUACAGGUCCAACUCCUACUCGGUGCAGACUCAGAGCAACUGGUACUCGACUGGGGUGCUGGAGCUCUAUGAUGACAUGGCUCUACCUGAAGACAUCCUGAUAGAUUACUUCUCCCAGAAAGCGUCAUGCUCAAGCAUCAUGGUCCCACAAAAGGACACUUUACUGGAGUUUGGCUAUGAAGGGAGAGGAUCUCCCGCGGGCUCUGUGGGCAGCUUAAGCCUCCUGGGGCAUGAUGACGACCUCCAUUUCCUUGACGACCUGGGGUCAAAGUUCACCAUUCUUGCACACGUCUGCAAGCCACCAGCACCCAUCGUGGACCUACAGGCUAGUGUCAAAAAAGAAAGAUCUGUGUCGAUGAAGACCCUGAACGUUGUUCCCAAGGCUCCUUCUCCUCUUCCUCCUGCCCACACCGUCCACACUGAAAGCACAGAGAUCUACAACACAAUCAACACCAUCAACAGGUCCAGUAGUCUUCCCAGGAUGCCACUGCCUGAGACCAUGUCCGUGGCCCCAGCUCCAGCCCCGCCCCCGCCCCCGCAGCCUGUGCUGGUUCAUCAGCAGCAGCAGCAGCCCAUAUACUACAUGGUCCUGCCCGGCGCCAAUGGCAUGCCCUUUGGCAUGAUACCUGUACCACCACCGCCACCAGUGUCCCACCUGCAGAGAAGUGUCAGUUUCAUGGAGGUACCCGGUCCUGAUCUGUACGAUACCUUCCAUGGAGCUACUCUGCCCCAACCUGUCCGACGCCCUGGCGGCAUGAGGCGUGGUGCGCCACCACCCCCCUUGUCACACAUGGAGAGGAGUGUGAGCUUCAUGGAGGUACCUGGCCCCAUGUCCCCGACCACCAGGACCAUGAGCUCCUGCUCCACUCUUCCAUGGAUGCAUCUACCAGAGACCGCAAUGGGUGGCGUGCCCUCCUUUGGGUCAAUCGAUGACCCCACAGUCCAGUUCCUAUCCAGCGGCGGUGUGCCCUUUGGCAUGAUACCUGUGCAACACCUCCCUGGCUCAAUGUCUGUGCAAAAUCUUCCUCCAUUUGUCCAAGGUGGUACUCACCCUGCUGCAAAUAGACAGCAGCGUGGGAGGAAGAAGAGUACCAGUUAACCCCUUGAUUGCACGCUGUACCUCCUGUAGCACGCUGUAAUAGUCAUUGAAAAGUUAACUACCAUAGUACUACAACAUUAUGACAUAACACACUCUAAUUCACUAUGACUUGGUCAUUGCCAUUCUGGUAACAGCAAAUGAACGGUAUAACAGUUUGUCUUAACGAGUUAAUGUUGAGUAAAGUAGAAGCAGAAACAUGGGUAGAGAAAAGUAGCAUUUAGAAGAAG